UUUGAUAAAAUUUAAUUAAAAAAAAAAAAAGGAAGUACAAAAGAAAGAAGCUUCCGGUGCACACAGGAUAGCUCAUUCCCGUCCGGCGAGCAGCACAAUAGAAAACAGCGUCGUUUAAAAAGUAUCUUCAUGACGUUUCGUCUACUAUUCUCUCUUCCCUCGCAAAUUCCCGCCAGUAGUUCAUCUCCAAUCUCGAAUCUCAACUCUCUCUUGCUUUCUCUCUCUCUCUGCAAAUGGCGGUUUCACCAUCGCAAUCCGACACUGGCCUACUUCCUCCUCCUCCUCCUCCACCAUCGGAAGCUGAAUCUCCUCUCUCGUCUCUCGUUUACGAGAUGUCGCACAAAAUGCAAGAGGUGAUGGAGAACAUGCUUAAGAUGAUCAAUGAAAUUGAUGAAAACUCCAAUGCAAUAAUGGAAGAAAUAGAGAAGAGUAAAGAAUCAGCUCUUGAGAGGAAGAAAUUCUUGGAGGAAGAGAAGGAACGGUUUCAAAAAGCUGCUUACGCUGCAUUAAACAUGCUCAACAAUGGAGAGUAGAUACUUAUUGGUGCUGGAAGCAAAUAGAGACAUAACUCAUUUGUUUUGUAGACAAUUAUAGAUGGAAUUUCACAGUAAAUUUUUACUGCAUUCCGUGGCAUUAUCUCAUGGAUAUAGCGGAAAUUAUUGAGUCUUAGAUAUCAACUUCUGUUAACCUGGUUCUAUACAUGCCAAUCUUUGUAAUAAUUGGAGAUAUGCUUCAGCUAAUCCUACAUAAUCAGUAUGACAGUCUUCCUUAAUAGGUUCUUGGUUUGAAGUGAAAAACAUAACUGUUUACAGUAGUUCCUUUUUUCCCUCUUCUACCGUUAGGUUUUUUAUAUUGCUGCUUUUAGUGUUCAGGUCCAUUGAAAAUACUCGUAUAUCAUAAUUGCAAAAACUUGAUCCAUCAUUCUGUGUCUUG